GCGUAACGCUCUCCCACAAGUACACGAGAUUCGACUUCGCCAAGCUGCAGUUGUGUCUCUCUCUCUGCUCUACAGACUCUCAGGCUUCUACUAGCUUUCGUUUCGCUUGCUUCACGAAGUUCUUCUCUUCGACAAAAUAAUAAUGGGUAAACCAGGUUUCUCUCCAGGCGGUUUCGGUGGCGGUCGUGGUGGCGGCGGCGGCCGUGGUGGAUUUGGAGGUGGUGGCCGCGGAGGCGGUGGCGGACGUGGUGGAUUUGGAGGUCGCGGUGGCGGCGGUGGCCGUGGAGGUUUUGGAGGUCGUGGAGGCGGCGGUGGCCGAGGUGGCUUUGGAGGCCGUGGAGGUGGCGGCCGCGGAGGCGGUGGCCGUGGAGGUCGUGGUGGCGGCGGCGGUGGCUUCAAGGGAGGCAAAACCGUCGUGAUUGAGCCCCAUCGUCAUGAGGGAGUUUUCAUUGCCAAGGGCAAAGAAGACGCACUAGUCACUCUUAACUUGGUACCUGGUUCAGAAGUCUACGGAGAGAAGAGAAUCAGCGUUGAUGGAGAAAAUGGUGCCAAAAUUGAAUACAGAGUUUGGAAUCCAUUCAGAUCAAAGUUGGCUGCUGCCAUUCUUGGUGGUGUAGAUCAAAUUCACAUGGGCCCUGGUAGCAAAGUUUUAUACCUAGGAGCUGCAUCUGGAACUACAGUCUCACACGUUGCUGACAUUGUUGGACCUGAGGGUCUUGUGUAUGCUGUUGAAUUCUCACACAGAUCUGGCAGAGAUCUCAUAAAUGUUGCCAAAAAGAGGACAAACAUCAUCCCCAUUAUUGAGGAUGCCAGACAUCCACACAAAUACAGAAUGUUGAUUGGUUUGGUAGACACAGUCUUUGCUGAUGUUGCUCAGCCCGAUCAAGCCAGAAUUGUUGCACUCAAUUCCCAAUAUUUCCUGAAAAACGGAGGACACUUCGUCAUCUCCAUCAAGGCCAGUUGCAUAGACUCAACAGCACAACCUGAGGCAGUGUUUGCUGCUGAAGUCAAAAAACUUGUCGCUGACAAAUUGAAGCCCCAGGAGCAGAUCACGUUGGAGCCUUAUGAAAGAGAUCACGCAGUCGUAGUUGGUGUCUUCAGGCCACCACCCAAGACCACAGCGUAGACGCAAAGUAUUUUUAUUUAGCUCUUAAGUUUAGAUAAGAAUAUUUAUAGAAGGUAUUAAAACCGGCCUCUUCAAGUUAUAAAUGUGACUAUCUUUUGUAACAAUUUUUUUGUUAAAUAAUUAUUUAUAGUAGGUUGAUGAACUCGCAAAAAUACCUUGAAUCAAAGGUAUAUCAUUUGACAAAGGCCAUACCUUUAGCAACAUAAACCAUGUCUUUUAAUUACACAAUUUUAAUGUAUAUAUUUAUUUAUUUAAAUAAAUUUAUGACCAAAACACAAAA